AUGCCCCGAGGACAGGAACCCAUGUUGACGCGCCGUCCGUCGUCGCACAACGACGAGCGAGCCACCGAAGAAGAUGCUCUCUUGACCGGACAGAGAGCAAGCCGCCAACCCUCUGCCUCCCGAUGGGCCCGAUACCGCGAGCUCGUCCUCUUCACCUGGGGCCUCAUAGCCACUGCCGCUGUCAUCGUUCUGGCCGUCGUCUACCAACACCAGACCUCCAAGACGACACCCGAGGCUCAUGGCGACCGACCGACUGGCAAGAGAAACCUCGUCUUCAUGGUGAGUGACGGCAUGGGCCCAACCUCGUUGGCCCUGACCCGCGGCUUCAGACAGCAUGUCAAUGCUCUGCCGUGGGACGACACUCUGGUCUUGGACAAGCACUUCAUUGGAAACAGCCGUACGCGAAGCAGCAACAGUCUUGUCACCGACAGUGCUGCUGGAGCCACUGCCUUUAGCUGCGGUCACAAGUCUUACAACGGCGCCAUCAGCGUCAUGCCCGAUCACACUCCCUGUGGAAGUGUCAUGGAAGCUGCGAAGAGGGCUGGCUACACCACCGGUCUGGUCGUCACCACUCGCAUCACCGAUGCAACUCCUGCGUGCUUCGCCUCGCACGUCAGAACCCGCGCCAUGGAGGACCAGAUUGCUGACCAACUCAUCGGCAACGGUCCUUUGGGAAGAAACGUCGAUUUGAUUCUUGGUGGAGGAAGAUGCCACUUCUUGCCCAACACGACUGCCGGAGGCUGCAGAGCCGAUGGUAAAGACUUGAUCAAGAAGGCACAUGAACACGACUGGAAUUACAUUGCUUCCCGCGAAGACUUUGACAACCUUGGCUCAUCGGUCGAGCUUCCUCUGCUUGGCCUGUUUGCACCUACCGAUAUUCCCUUUGAGAUCGACCGCAGACACGUCGACGACGAAUACCCAUCGCUCGAAGAAAUGACCAAGACCGCCCUUCGUGCUCUGAAAGAUGCUACAAGAGACAGUGAUCAAGGUUUCUUCAUCAUGAUCGAGGGAAGCAGAAUCGACCAUGCUGGUCACAACAACGAUCCUGCUGCUCAGGUUCACGAGGUGCUUGCCUACGACAGAGCCAUGCAGGCUGUUAUCGACUUCCUCGAAGAAGACGAUACCGAAGGUCUCAUGGUCGCCACCAGUGACCACGAGACUGGUGGCCUGGCUACUGCUAGACGUAUGUCUCUUUUUGAUUCUCUCUACUACGACUCUGCUCACAAUGUCUCUANNGAACUGAACGUCAACUACCCUGAAUACCUCUGGUAUCCUGGCGUCCUUGCCAACGCCACUCACAGCGCUGAGCACACUGCUCGUCUGUACUUCUCUCACCUGUCAAGCUCCAAGUCCUUCGGCACCGACCUACACAAGUAUCUCACCAAGCUCAUCAGCGACAAUUUGGGCAUCGAGGACGUCACUCGCGAAGAGCUUGACCAUCUGAUCGAGCACCCUAUCCUGAGUCCAUGGACCAUGUCCGAUAUCAUCAGCAAGCGCUCUCAGACCGGAUGGAGUACCCACGGUCACAGUGCCGUUGAUGUCAACAUCUACUCCUCUAAUCGCCAUGCCUCAAAGAAGCUCCACGGCAAUCACGAGAAUACAGAGGUCGGCGAAUUCUUGCGUUGGUACCUCGAUGUUGAGGAGGAAGUUAAAGAAGUCACCAAGGAGUUGAAGAACAAGCUAGAGAUUUCCAGUGGUGAGAGUUGGCUAGGUGCCAUCCCCUCUCGGGAGGAGUUGGCCAAGGUGGAGAGCCAUUUGAUGAGUCCUCAAAGAGGCUUCAAUUGA